AUGGCCACGUCCACCCUGUCCGUCUGCUCCAGUGACCUGAGCUACGGCAGCCGCGUCUGCCUGCCUGGCUCCUGUGACUCCUGCCCCGACUCCCCCUGGCAGGUGGACGACUGCCCAGAGAGCUGCUGUGAGCCCACCUGCUGUGCCCCCACCUGCUGUGCCCCCUCCUGCUGUGCUCCCACCUGCUGUGUCCCCACAUGCUGUGAGCCCUCCUGCUGUGUUCCCACCUGCUGUGAGCCCUCCUGCUGUGCGCCCACCUGCUGUGACCCCAGCUGCUGUGCCCCCUCCUGCCUGACUCUCAUCUGCACCCCUGCAAGCUGCGGGUCCAGCCCCUGCCAGUCAGCCUGCACCAGCUCCUGCCAGCCCUCCUGCUGCAGCUCCUCCCCCUGCCAGGAAGACUGCUGUGUGUCUGUCUGCUGCAAGCCCGUCUGCUGCACCCCUGUCUGCUGCAAGCCCGUCUGUUGCACCCCUGUCUGCUGCACCCCUGUCUGCUGCAAGCCCGUCUGUUGCACCCCUGUCUGCUGCACCCCUGUCUGCUGUGAGGCCUCCCCCUGCUCAGGCUCUUCAUGCUGCCAGCAGUCUAGCUGCCAGCCCUCCUGCUGCAGCUCCUCCCCCUGCCAGGAAGACUGCUGCCAGCCUGUCUGCUGCACCCCUGUCUGCUGCAAGCCUGUCUGCUGCACCCCUGUGUGCUGCAAGCCCGUCUGCUGCACCCCAGUCUGCUCCGGGCCCUCCUCCUGCUGCCAGCCCAGCCCCUGCUCCUCGUCCUGCUGCAGACCGUCCUCCUGCGUGUCGCUGCUCUGCCGCCCCGUGUGCAGGCCCGCCUGCUGCGUGCCCGCCUCCUCCUGCUGUGCCCCCACCUCCUCUUGCCAGCCCAGCUGCUGCCGCCGGGCCUCCUGCGUGUCCCUGCUCUGCCGCCCUGUGGGCUCCCGCCAGGCCUGCUGUGUGCCCGCCUCAGCCCAGAAGUCCUGCUGCUGA